AUGCUAACCGUAUCAUUGCAUUUCUUGUCUCUUCCAAAUCAGGCCUCCACAGCCCUAGCCGCACAACAGGAGGAAUCUGAGGAGGAAGACGAUGACUACGAACCACCGAGGCCGGAAGAGGAUCCAGAGAAAUCAGAAAGUUCUCGCAGUGCUACAAGCUCUCCUAACGACCAUCAAAGCAAAUGUAGCUUCUGUGGGGUUGGGUUCCUGUACAACUCAAGUCUGGAGAUGCACAUGAAAACGCACAGUCCAAUUGAGCUGACACAGUGUAAUGAAUGUGAUUCAAAUUUUGAAUCUUACCUGCAGCUGGAGUGCCAUCAUGAUGAACACACCGACGAAGAUCCUUUGCCCGAGGAACUCAUAUGCAGAUUAUGCGGCAAGCAGCUAACGCGCCAACAAACGCUACUGCUCCAUCUACAGUACGUGCACAAAGACAAGAACGUGGUCCAGUGCAGCACGUGUCCAGAACUAUGCGAAAACGCCCUUGAGUUGAGCAACCACUCGUGUCGUGGCCAGCGAAAGCAAACUGCUACGUCUUCGAAGGCCGCUACUAAUGGCGAUUUUGUAAUUGUCAAACCAGAAUCGAUUCUCAAAGGGACAUUGAGCGAGGACUCUAACUCGAUGCCGGUUGGAAUGCAAGGAUCAGAUGGAGCCGAUCCGUUGCUUGGACUGGGCAACGAGGAGGUUAUCGAUCUGGACGACUCGGAUGAUGAUGACGGCGAUAGGCAGGAGAAAGACAAAUAUGAUUGCUCGAUUUGCGCCAAGCAAUUCCCUAAUGAGGACGUACUGGAUCGCCACAUGAAAUUGGCACCGUAUGAUGAACGCUGCCAAGGCCAAUGA